AUGUUGGGCGGGGCGAAGCAGCGGCACGGGCGCUCCGCAAAGAAGGCGGCCACCGCCACCGCCACUACUGCGGCAAAGAAAAGUAACAAGCCGGGCACUCCGCUACAGACGAAGGGCCACAAUGGCAGCACUCUGAAAGGCCCCGUCGUGGCCCACGCGAGCGGGAACGCCAGCCGUGACUCGGCAAACGACCGACAGCAGAUUCCGUUUAAAAGCAAAUUGGAGGAGCGGGCGUACAAAAGGGCCAAACGCAUCCCGCGCUACGCCCCUGCUCCGGGGGGAAACGGCAGUGGCGGCAGCGGCAGUGCCGUGGCCAAGCGGCCUAGUGGUGCCAGCAGCGCAGCCCAGCGUCGCGCCAUCCUGAGGGCAAAGGGCGAUGACGCCGUCCUGGAGCACUUUCGCACAAAACUCUCGUCGAGUACGUUUCGGUUGUUAAAUGAGCAAAUCUACAACUCUACGGUGGCCUUUGCCAGCCAGCUGUUGCGCGACCCAUCCACCUACGCGGACUACCACAAUGGCUACCGUCAGCAGCUGGAGCAGUGGCCGUUAAAGCCAAGUCAAGUCAUUGUGGAGGCUCUGUUGGGUGACCGUCGUGGCCGCUUCCUUGCAAACAAGGCCAAGAGCAUGCCGGGGUAUAUUCCGACAAGCUGGGUUAUCGCAGACAUGGGAUGCGGGGAUGCGCAGGUUGCGCAGGCGAUGCGACCAAAAGGGUACACCGUCCACUCCUUCGAUUUUUGUGCCGUGAAUGAGUACGUGACGGUGGCCAAUGCCACCAGUGUGCCUUUAGACGACAAUUCCGUUGACAUCUGCAUUUUCUCACUCAGCCUCAUGUCGACAGACUAUGUGGAGUGCCUUUAUGAGGCCUUCCGAGUCUUGAAGCCGAAACGUCUCUUAAAAAUUGUCGAGGUACGCUCUCGCAUUCCACACCCAAAACGCUUCUCGGAGCUGGUGGAGAACAUCGGCUUCGACCUCGACUACCACGACACGGUGGGGGAUUACUUUGUAGCGUACGACUUUCUGAAGCGCGAGGGGCAGACGAAGGCUAAUCGGGGUGUGAAGUACGACCCACAGGAAGUGUUGGUGGCGUCCCUCUACAAGAAGCGAUGA